CUGGACUCUCACGCACGCGCAGUACUUUUGACCUACAGAGUCGCAGGAGAAAAUGGCAGCGCUUGGACUGGGGCUGCAGGUGCGUCAGUUUAGCACCUCUGUGAUCCGACCAGCAGCGAAACUUAUCAGGCCCCCUAUCCAGGUCUAUGGAGUGGAGGGACGCUAUGCUACUGCCCUGUUCUCUGCUGCCAGCAAGCAGAAGAACCUUGAUCAGGUGGAACUGGAACUUGGUCGUGUGGCUAGCUUGAUCAAGGAUCCUAAGCUGUCGAGUCUUGUGAUGAACCCCCAUAUUAAGCGCAAUAUCAAACAGAAGACUUUCGUUGAUGCCCUGACCAAGGCAAAACUCUCCACCAUUACCAUCAACCUCAUCAAUGUCCUAGCAGAAAAUGGCCGUUUGACCUUGACACCUGAUGUCAUUGCGGCCUUUAGCAAAAUGAUGAGUGCCCACAGGGGAGAGGUUACAUGCUCGGUCACCACCGCCCAGCCUCUGAGUGCAGCUAAUCUGGCAGAGCUGAAGGUGGCACUGAAUGAUUUCCUUGCCAAGGGAGAGACCAUCAAGCUUGAGACCAAGUCUGAUCCCUCCAUCCUUGGGGGAAUGAUUGUGAGCAUUGGUGAUAAGUAUGUGGACAUGUCUACUAAGACGAAGAUCCAGAAGCUCACCAAGCUAAUCAGGGAGACCUAAGUCCUGUGGACUGAUCAGAACUAAUAAAGAUUUAGUGGAUGAAUUAAAAAGACCUCUCUGCUAUUGUGUAGUUAUUUGACUGUCCAGUUACGUUCCAAAUAAAUAUUAUGUGACAUUUAAA